CCUCCUGGAACUCCUCCCUGUCGACGACUGAGUGAUACCGAGGGUGGAGUAUAUUUACGAACUCCUGCAGUUGGUUCAAACAAUGCUUGGUUCUCCUCUUCUCCAGCCCUGUACUCGUCAGACCUGGAGGAGUCAUCAUCAAACAGAUCCUUCAAGAGUAAUCUGCGUAGAAGAGGAAAGUUGAAACAAAGAAAAGCUUAUUACAACAAAUCUGAUAUCAAUGUUCGAUCUCGAAGUUUGACCCAACUGGAUGAUAUGGAUGACGGGGGGGACCAGGGGCAACCUACCCCUCUCACUAGGAGAAGAAAACUUUCAUCCGCAGGAAAGGAAAAAGAAGCAGUAUCUGGGUUGUGUGAGAGGCGAGGGUUUGAUAUUGACAGUAUAGAAGUCUACCUGGAUAAUAAUAAAACCCCUUUACCCUUACUCACAUCAGAAACCUCCUGGCUUAGUGGCAGAACUGUCAGAAUAAAAGGAAAAGAUGAUGCUAGAUCCCUGAUGCGAGUACAACAAUGCUGUACAAACCCCGGGAACUGCAACAGGUUGACCUGCAGCAGCAAUAACAGCUGCUCAGUGACCUGCCGGGGCAGUUGUACUGCUCCCAACAGCAGGAAAACAUCAGCGAGUUAUAGAGGAAAGCAAAGGUUCUUUAAUUCCUUAUCGGUCGAGGAGGCUGGAGGAGGAGGAGGAGGAGGAGGAGCAGGAGGGACCUGGGCCGGAGAUGGAACCUUAACCCCCUCGGACGGAUCCUUGAAGGUUCCUAGGACAAAUAAACAAGGAAACAGAUGGAGUGGACUCUGGGGAGGCUCCACCAAGGAUUUAAAGAUGGAGGAUCUUGUGGUUCAACUGGAUAAUUAUUCAAGACUUGGGAUUCCUAAACUUCAUCAUCUUCCAUCCUUUGUAGAUUCAGCAGAGGAUAGAGUUGAAGAAGCUCUAUACAGCCUAGAGGAGGACUGGACGGAUAUAGUAGAUGCGGAGAACCUAUCGGAGAAGGUUCGGAACCAACAGACUGCGCUCUGGGAGCUGAUUAACACGGAGCUGGCGUAUAUUCGUACACUUAAAGUUAUCCAAGAUUUGUUCCUGAACUGUCUGUGUAACCUUCAGAACAACCAGAUAUUAACGGAGAUAAACAGUGUCAAACUUUUCUGCAAUAUUCCAGAGAUUUAUUCAGCAAACAAGAACUUUUGGUUGAAUCAUAUUCUACCCUUACUCCAGGAGUCUAGAGAGUCCCGAGCUCCGUUAGAUCCUACUCUCAUGAAGGAAGGGUUUACUCAGGUUUGUGAACUGUUCAGCCCGUACUACCGAUAUUGUGUUGAACAAGCUGCCUGUCAACAGUACUGUAAACAACAAGAUAGAGAUAAUCAGAUAUUCAAGGCUUAUCUUGCGUGGUGUGAGACCCAGCGCGACUGCAACAGAUUACGCCUAGUUGAUAUACUGGUUCGACCAAUGCAACGUCUCACCAAGUAUUCUCUCCUCCUCAAGGCUGUGCUUAAAAAUACAGAAGAUUUAAACCAAAGAAAAGAUCUACUAGAAAUGGACCGACACGUGGAGACUCUAGUCCGAGAUGUUAACUCCCACAUGAGACAGAGACAAGAGAUGGAACGGCUGAGAACUAUCAUCGCAAAGAUUGACUCCUAUGAACCAAUAGAAACCAAAGAUGAAGAACUUCAGUGCCUCCUCGCUAGCAGCAGCCAUCUUGAUUUAACCGCGUCAAUGCCGGGAUGUUUUCCAAACCAAACCAGACAGCUGAUCAAAGAAGGAGACCUGAAACUCAGAGAAGGGUCGUCUUCCAAGAUAGAUGUUCACAUUUUACUAUUUACUGAUAUGAUUUUAAUUUGUAAAUAUAUCAAUAAGAAGGGAGACAAAGUUAAGGUUAUCAAGCAACCUUAUAUUUUAGACAGGUUGGUGAUAGUUGAUGCUUGUCGUGAGAGCUCUAGUUGCCUGGCUUGUGUUUACUUGAAUGAAUAUAAAACCGCCGUUGCUGCCUUUACACUCUCUCAUACGGAUUCAACCAUCAUUAAGAGUUGGAAAGAUCAGUUGGACAAGGCCCGGGAUUACUUCCAGGAGCUGAAGGUUGCUCCAGCAUCCUCCGUCGAUCAUCUUCUCAUCUACGAGGACGAGGAGGAUGAGUAUAGUGGAAGGAUGAGGAGAAGACCAAGCAGGAGAGGAUCACAUUACUCCAGUCUUGCACACUCUCACUCAGGGUCAAUAGAGUUACAGGAGACGUUAGCUAGACGAGAUCCAAGCCUGGAGCUGAGUGAUGCACGAGCAAACAGUUUUAGCUCCGAGGAUUCUACUCCUACCACUCACAAGCAACGAGCUUCCAGCCUAGAUAUCCGGCUACUGGAUACAGGACAAUUCUCUCAUCCAACCUCGCCAAGGUCGGAGAGAAAACUGUCUCCAAACAACCUUUCUCCGCACACACUGAGUGUAGAGAUACCCCUUGGAGUUCAGCUUGUUGAGGAUGAUUGUCGGAGCAGACCCAGGAGUCCUGUUCGAUCUAGUUCUCCUCUAAGCCCUCUCCGUGGGAUUAGUUAUCCUCCUUUAUCUCCGAAACUUCUAAAGAGAGGAGCAGCAGUACAAUCCUGUACUCCACGGACCCCACCUCUCCUGAAAUCCCGUCACCUGAAUGCAUCAGUUGAAAGCCCGAAUAUAACUGUGAUAUCUGACUCCUCACCUUCUCCUCAACCCUUACUCCAGGAUACAACGAUCUCUGAUGGUUGGGAUUCCUCCUCUACUAGAAGAUUAAGCUGGAGUAAACAGGAUUCAAAGAAAUCUAGUGAUGAGACAAGAGGAAACCUGAACAUUGAGAUUUCUGAAGAUGGAAUCAGUUCUAACUCAAGCCUUAGUCUUGUUAUUCCUCUAGAUAAAGAGGCUGGCUCGGAUAGAGACAAUACAAAUCUAGGUUUAGUAAAGGUCGGAGGAAGGUCUGCUCCACCGUCUCCGCUCCUGCCUAGAACCGUAAACAGCUCCGUGUCGAUCGGAAGACAGUGCGCUACUCCUCCGAUCCCUCCGAGACAGAACCCUCAUGUUUCAACCACAUACAUCAGUCAAGAUAGACAUACGUUCCAUGUCACAGCUCCGGAGUCGGAUACGGUUCAGAAACACAUUCUCAGCUCCGAUUCUAAGAUAAAUCAGAAGAAGAAAACUGAUUUAAUUAAUCCUGAGAUAAAGAUCAACCUGGCAGAUUGUCUUGAAACUGUAAAUAUAACAAUAUCAAAUGAAAUGACGCAACCUCCUGAGUUCUUCAACUCUAUCAACACAUAUCAAUCUGCAAACAUCUGAUACUGACUCUGCUUCCCAUAUUUCUUCUCUCUCCAGGUUCAAGAUCCAGGAUAAUUCUCCAGCAGUUCUACUCCAGGUCCCAGAACUAGGAUAUUUCUCCAGCAGUUCUACUCCAGGUCCCAGAUCUAGGAUAUUGCUCCAGCAGUUCUACUUCAGUUUUCAGAUCCAGGAUAGUUCUUCAGCAGUUCUACUCCAGGUUCCAGAUCCAGGAUAGUUUUCCAGCAGCUCUACCCUAGGUUCCAGAUCUAGGAUAGUUCUCCAGAAGUUCUACACCAGGUUCUAGAUCCAGGGUUAGUUCUCCAGCAGUUCUAUUCCAGGUUCCAGAUCCAGGAUAGUUCUCCAGCAGUUCUACUACGGGUUCCAGAUCCAGGAUAGUUCUCCAGCAGUUCUACUACGGGUUCCAGAUCCAGGAUAGUUCUCCAGCAGUUCUACUACGGGUUCCAGAUCCAGGAUAGUUCUCCAGCAGUUCUACUCCAGGUUCUAGAUCCAGGAUUGGUUCUCCAGCAGUUCUACUACGGGUUCCAGAUCCAGAAUAUUUGUAUUUUGUUUCAUCAAUUGCAAAGUUAGCAUCUCUAUACACAGAGCUGGAAAUUUAAGAGGUUAUCACUGAUCAAUUAAACAAGCUAGGGGGUUCAAACAUUUUUGUCAAUUUUAUUAAAUAAUCUUAAAAUAUUUGAAAGCAUGUAAAUUAUCUGAAAAAAAGCAAUAUUUCUCAUAUUGUUUCUAAAAAAGUAAAGAUUGGUGUCGAUUCUUCCUUGAAACCAGGUUUCAAUUAAUCCAUUUCAUGAACACAUGCAUUUCUUAAACUUCUGGCUCUGGAUACACUAAACAGUACACAGGGUAUAAAUGGCAAACAUUCUUUAUUAAACAUUCCGUACAUUCAAAAUCCCAAUUUCAGUUUAUCGCCGGGAUAGUAGGUAUUUAUCCACUAGAUUCAAUAGAUUUUGGGUCUCAGAUCAACUUAUACUAAAUUAUUGAAUUUAGUUCUAAUGAUAUCAGAGGAUUUGGUAAACAUUUUAUUUAAAGGAUUUUAUAUUUACUAUAUUUAACGGAUUUAGAAAUUAAUUUGCUUAAAGGAUUUGAUAAUCCCUUUAUUUAUAGGACCUCUAAAAAUAGAGGAUUUGAUGAUUUCUAUAUAAAGGAUCCCUAUCAGUAAAGGAUUUGAUAAUCUCUCUCCAUAUAGAGGAUCAGAUUAUCUCUCUAUAUAGAAACGAUCCAAUAAUAUAGUGGAUUAGUUGAUUCUUAAAAGUACAGUGUAGUUUAGUUGGUUAAUAUCAACUUGAGCUCAGUUGAUCUGAUAUCAUCUUAAAAUGUUGUUUGUCUAUUAAAGAUGUUAAAGCAUAUCAAUAUUUGGAAAUCUGAAAACAAUCUCGUGAUUAUUUUUUACGUGUUUCAUUUUCAUUUUGAUGGGUUAAAGAUGACAAUUUAAGCAAAGGUUUAAAAUUGAAUAAUUUCCACAGUUUAAGUUUCAUUUGUUGCAAAAUGUAAGAAAUCACACCUUUUUGUUUUAGAAAAUUCUUUCAAGCAUUUGCAUCAGUUUAAUUCAAACCCUUUUUAAAUUUUUGAUGAAUAUGUGAAUCUAAACCUUAAUCUGAAUUAUAUAAUUUGGGGAAGAUGCGCUUAAUAAUGUAUCUUGAUGGUAUGGCGCCUUCAUUCAAAUUUUAUGUUAUGUGUUAAAAAACGUGAAAACUUUAAAUUGUUCCUCUUAUCAGAUGUUUUCCCUACUCCACCUCCCCAAGUUAGAUAUAUCGGGAACUUAGUUUACAAAAAGUGCAUUUUACAGGAGGUUUAUAUAAACAUACUAUCUAGAAGCAGCACUACUGUGGUUUAUACAUUUCUCCCUGUAACUGCAGUAAACUCUUUUAGAAUAAAAAUAUUUCAGUUCCUGGGUUAUCUUCCUUGUCCCUGCCUUACUCAGGUUCAACCAUAGUUUCUAAGUUGCCAGAUAGGAGAAGUUUCCUGUUUCAUCUUGAAACAAAAGAGAAACUUUCUCUUAUAUAAUGUCAAAUAAAAUUAUAAAAUUAUACAAAAUAUGCGGGUUCCUUCUAGCUACAAAACUUAGCGACAGACUGUUAAUUGUUUAUAAAUGGAAAAUGGAAAAAUAAGAGAAAACUAUUUACAAAGUAAUCGUCUUUAGAUCUGUUGCUGCGCGUAUACAAACCUAAAACUUAAUUGUGUAAUUUUCCAAACUUAAGGAUCUUAAAACAUUCUAAGCACAGAAAAAACCAUUUUGUUAACGAAAAAAUGUUAUCUAGUUAAUUAAAUUAUUUUUAUUUCUGUCUAUUGUAAAAAUUUCAAUGCUCAGAGAAAUCGAUUCCAAGGCAAACAAUCCAUGGUUAAUGUAGUUCUGAGCGCACAGUAACGAAAGUUGAGCAAAAAUUUACACUUUUUUGAAGAACAUUGUGCUACUAUUCUUCUAACUCUACUGCGCAGGAUUGUUAUUAUUUUUACUAUCUGUAGUAAUUAUUAUGUAAUUUUGAUCUAGUCAAUAUGAAUAAUGAUUACAACUAUUAAAUGUUUUUAAAGAAAUCAAUCAUCAUCGAAGAAAGAUAUCUCUUAGACAACUCAGUGUUAGCCUUGCAGUUUGAUUAGUAAUAUGUACACUAUAUAUCUUUAUAUUAUGUAUCUUAAAUCAUUAAUGUGAUAGUCAGGAAGGAAUGAUAGAACUGUAAAUAUUCCUUUUCUUUGUAACUUGAACCCCUAGCGGUAUUUAAAUAAACUAAUCUAGUCGUU